UCUCCGAGAAAUCACUUUUUUGUAGAUCUGUUGCACCAAAGAGCAAGCGAUACAAGACGAACCCAGCAAGCUGGACGCCAAAUUCCGCACUGGGAGCUCGAUCAAGGACCGCGACAACCUGUGGCGCGGGCAACAAGAGCAGCUCCCAAUCGAUGAUCAAGGAAACACUUCUAUAGCUCAUGGAUCCGGGAGGUGCUGGGGCAGGAAGCGCUUCUACAACUCGUGCAUCGGGGAAUCGAGAGAUUUCUCCAGAGAUUUCUCGCUGGUGCUCGCGGCAUUCAAGGCUUGCAGCUGGUGCCUCGGGCGGUGCUCAAUGUUUCUUUUUGGUUGUUACAUCGGCAGAUGGAGCUUGUGAUUCCCAAGUUAGGGCGGAUGAAAAAGCGCAUUCGGAGCCUUUUUCUGCGGAGAAGCAUUAGCACAGCAAUCACGCAGGGCCGAUUGUUUGCGCCACUAGGGCACAGAGCUCAUGGAACAUGGAUCCUAGGGCAAGCGGCGCAUUGCGGGAUCGCUUAUCCAUUCACGAGCUUAAAAAAGUGCAAGACUCUGCUAGCAUGCAUCGUCAACAACGGCAGCAACUUUUCUCGUCAAGCUGGGCCUCACCUCCGCACUGUAGAACUUGGCGGACCUCAAGCUGAGAGCCACGGCGAUGGCACACCCAAACAAACAGGUGGCGGCCAUGACGAAGAACGUUUCCCUGUAGCACUUGGCACCGUCGCACAAGAGCGAGGCCUCCAGCGUGUCAGGACCCCGGUAUCUCCUGGCUUGCCGAUCGUAGAACACACCCGCAACUUCCACCGACAGGACAUACGUCCCAAUCCCCUUUGCAACGUUUGGGAAGCUCUGGAGAACUCCAUAGUGCUUGAGCCCGAAGAUCUCCACGAUGAUGGUCGACAGCACCGCCCACUGGCCUCCGGUGGCGAGGCCGAUGGUGAUGGAGCCGAUGUACAGCGCGCCGGGAAGGCCCAAGGCAAUGAGCAAGUUGCCGAGCGCUAGAAAGCCGACCACCGCAGCGAACACGAACGGCCGUCCGCCAAACUUGUGGAGGAGUAUCUCGGACACGAAGCCGCAGCCGAUUGCUCCCAGGAAGUCCCAGAUGUUGAGGAGAGCCA